GUUUUCAAUUGCAUUAGAAUUGACUAUGUAUGUGCUAUUUCACCUCUAAACUUAUGCAUGCACCGCCCAAAACAAUAGCCGUCGCCAUCUGAAUUAAAGGGGAGGGGGAGGGGGUGCUGAGCCAUCGCCAAUUUUUCGGAGUCUAUAUAAAAGGGACUAGACUCACUCCCCCUUAAAUUUGAGAAUUUCACAUGUUCCAUUCUUUUACUCAAUUACACAACAAAUAGCAAAGACAAAGAUUAUGAGCUCCGACGAUAACAAAGAAUUUGGUCAAUUGGGUGACAUCGCCAAGAAAUUUACCGAAGGAAAGAGCAACGAGGAAAUUGGUGCUGAAGCGCAGGAAGCUAUUGGCAAGUUUGAGAAAUUAUCUGACCAAGAUAAGGAAGGUUUACUCAAGGGUGCUUUAGGUAAAGUUGAAGGGGACAAGGGUGAAUCCAAAGAGAAUUGAUUAAUUUAUCCAAGGGCAAUUGAUUGAUUUGAUUUAUCUACCUGUGUUUAGCUUAGUGUAUCAUGUAGGAAUAUAUCGUUUAAAC